GUUUCAACCAUUUUCUCUUGUUUUCCCUUCCCUUGUCCAUGUCCAGGGCCGUCAACUCCGUUUCUCUUGUGUUCAGUUGCAUCCGAAUCCUUCUCGCCAUCACUUCCCUUGUCGUCGUCACCAUCGCCAAAAACUCCCUUCCAUCUUUUGGUCUCUUCCACGCGUGUCGCUGCGGCAUCGUUUGCGCCAUUCCGGCCUCUUGGACCGGCCCUACAUACCACCAACGGGAUACCACCAACGGGUACAAGGUGUUCGUGGAUUGGGAAACAAUUGAAAACAUUUCGGCAGUGGCUUUGUCACGUCGCUACUCGCUACAUUCUACUCAUUCGGCCCAAUAUCCAGCAUCGGCUAAAUGGCUUUGGAAGGAACCAACUGAGCCAAUUUACCGAAUCCUUUUCACCACUACCAGUACCUACCUCUACCUACAAUUGCCGGCCGUGUGCCAUACCCGUGCCUCGCCAACAUGGAGGGUUGGUUAUCUUGACAUUACCACCAAGGCGCCCCAACAUGGCCAACACCACGACAGUCUCCAUCGCUUGGUUAAUGAAUUGGCACUGCCUCCUUUCAGUGGAACAUAGAACCGACCAUUCUCACCAAAUUCAGAACGAGACAGACUUCACCUAAACCACGAGUGUUUCUUCAAGAGACCCAAGACUCGCAAGGGAAACGAAACGGCGGCGCCAAAACGGUCCCACCUCGUGUCUCUUGCUCGGUUUUUCUAUAUACAGCCUUGUACUCCGUACCUUGUACGCCCAGCCUGCCAUCCGAGAGGACUCGGCCCCCCGUCAAAACUUCUCAAGCCUCUCCCACCCUCGCAGCUUGUCAAGCCCGUCCCUUGUUCUUCAUGCGACCGCGACUAGCGGGGGACCACGAGCAAAAGCCGUUGCUGAUCUACAACUGUUCCGGCCGCUUUUGGCACUGCAUGAUACCCCUUCUCCCCUUCUGGCGAUAACUUCGGAGCAGUUUGCUGCCCAAGAACUACUAGUUCGCAUCCUCCGCAUCCAUUUUGCAUGUUGCAGCCAGCACAAGGUAAUGUGCCAUCUGCCUCCUGGAUCGCCAAAGAUUGUUCCCUAUUCACACGGAUUAAUUACACUACGAGGCAACAUGCAAGCUGCUCCCAUAGUAUGGGAUUAAUAUGGCAUAGUAACCAUCUCGGCAGACAUGGCCGUGGUCCGGCAAAUGUGUGGGAGCGCUGCCGUGCCACACUUCAUCACUAAUCUCUGUGCCGCUUGUUUGCAAAAAGAGAAACACGUCCCAAGGAGUCCAAUGAGGCUCUUCUCCAGUCAUCGUUCCCCCGUCCCAACGAGCUCCCCGCUGGAGAUACUCACACCAUUUAGAGUUUGUAGGACCAUCACCCCCGAGUGUCAUACUCGGCAUUCCAAGCAUCUGCCACGAGGUGGUUAGUGAGAACGCCAGAGGCUUCUGCGUUCAUAUGUAUGGGUCACCCACCGAGGCUUACCGGCGAGUGUCUUUGCUCCUACAGCUACUUGCCGAUUACCUAUGAUAGCCCGUAUCUCCAACUGGCCAUACCCAGAAAUCAUGGUGGUUCGGGAAUUCGGGAUAGCUCCCACGCGAAUGAAUAGCCAUAAGUGUCGAAUCACCAAGGGCAAACCCAAGUUGGGAUGAUUGAUUCACACGUUCACUUCAACUUUCCGCACGGUCAGUGAUGCCAGCGCAGUCACAUCUUUAUCGCUUUGUUCUGUUUGUCAGCCAUCGGUGUUGAGCAAGCAAGACCGAGGAAAAAAUCAUUGCAACAGACGUUGGGGCUCGGACGGUGCAAAUCCAGAAAAAAGUCAUCGCAGGCUGAAACGGAGGUCUGGGCCAGCCCAGCUGUUAUACACCACCUCUUUCAUUUCUUUUCUGGCUAAUUUGCUCCACGGAAAUCUUUUCUCCCGUUUAUCACGCCAGAGUUGUUCCGGGACGCAUGACGAUUGGACUAUCUUUUUGAGCACGUUUAGAUACAGUAGAUAUCGUGCAGUCAGCCUCAAUCCCGAGUCACAAGUGUGACGAUCUACAUAAAAACACAACGCCUCGUCGCCUAGCUGUAUCUUUCCACACUUCGAGGUUCCGGGAAGGGGCGAGACGAGCGGAAACGUCAUGAACAGCUUCAAUUGGCAUCGUCUAUGGAUGCUCCAGUUGAGGCGAGGAUGUCAUCCAUUACAUCACAAAACAAGGCAUAACCAGCCUUGCGGUGCUUUCGUCAGAAACUAUGAACAGCGAUCGGAAUGGAUUCGAAAACAUAAAAACAUCAGAGUAUCACCAUGUGGAUUUUGCCGUCUGUUUCAACGGUUCCGUCAUACCGGAUACUACUCAAUGUCCCCAUGCUUAAGCCAACAGAUGGUCAAUCAUCCAGAUACUCUCAUGGUUUACCUUUUUACUCUGGAAACUAGGCCGCGUAAACGGCUCGGAGACUUUCACCAGUCUAGCUUGCAGUUGGAAGCCUUGUAUUGAUUGCAGGUAUGAACAUGAUGUGGCCUACUGCAUCCGACGCGAAGCAUCCUCAUUCUGGCUGCUCGACUGGUGAUAAUCCUCAAGUUGCCAUUUUCAACGAUUAAAGUCAGAGCUCUCUAAUUUCACCAACAAUACAAGCGGCCAAGCAUUUGAACGCAAUCACCCCCAAAGGGCUAGAGCGUAAGGGCAUUGUCAGGAUCGCCGAAACCAUGAUCCAGAUUCCCGGAUAGGUGCUUUGUUGAUGAGCUCGGGUACAGUUGCUAAAUUCACCAAUUCUUUUCUACUCGCCAUUCACCACGCUCCCUACCAACCUACUGGCUUAUCUGGCCCGGGAACAGCAGCAGUUGCCGCCAUUAUCACAAGACACGCAGUUUGUGGUUGCGCAGAUCGAAACACGGUGCCUGCUAUCGCCCGAACUGCAACACUGACACCACAUAUUGAGUUCAGCUACCCCGUACCGGUGAUAGGUUGAAAGUGGCGGUAUCUGAAAUCAAGUCUUGGAAGGCGGCAGACCCUCAGUUUGUUGCGCAACCCCAGGUUCUCGCGGUCAACGACUGUUCGGGUGAAGUCAUUACCCGUGGGAUAAUCAAGAGCAGUCAGCCAGUCGAGGAUUUGAACUGAUCGUCGACUCGUGUCGGCGUGUCGGUAUAAAAAAGACGGUUCUUGACGGAUGGCUACCGCACCAGGGCUGGUUUUGGUUUGAACCCGACGGAUGAUUGCGUCUUCCAAUCUCAACACCAGAGAGUUCAGAUCUGAACUGGUAGACAAGGCAGCCGCCGACACACUGCGGAGUGCAUAGUUUCCGGUCCGGGUCGAACAAGAGGAAAGAAGUGAAGCGAGCUUUGCAAUCUGGCCCAUUCGUUACAUCGGGAUCUCAACUGUUAUCCGACUACAAGCUCUCGAUUCGCCCUACUCAGUUCAGCAUGCCAGUUGCCGGUUUGCUAUUGCACACUACAAUUGCACGCCGGCCUCUAUGCAAGAUUGCGGUGAUAGCGACAGAGGAGAUGGGAGGUCCCAGCAAAUGAACGCCCAGAGCCUGUGCGUGCUAGACGGCUGCCGGGUCGAUCUGAAGCAACAUCACAACUGCAACGAUUGGCGUGGUGUUGCUCAACGGCGCAAUGUAGUCGAUCAAUCGCACAACAUUCACCUACUUGUCGGCUACCACUUCCCUCUUGCUCAGUUCACAUAUUACAAGGUACUGUGCAUUUCGGCCGU